AUGAACAAUAGUAACAAAGUAGGAGUUGAUAAUGAUUCUGAAACAGUUACGUCGAAUACAACUCAAUCAAAAAAAUUAUGCGAAUAUCUGAAAAAAAGAAAAGGGAUGUGGAUUACAUUUACUAUUAUUGUACUUUCUAUAAUUAUAACAAUUCCAAUUGUUAUCAUUAAAACAAAAGAGACAAACGAUACAAAUACAACAACAACUGAAAUAAUAGUAACAACCAAAACGACGCAAACAAUAAAAAAAGAGCCAAAUACCACAUCACCUUCAGCAACAAGAACAUCAACACCAGAACCAACAACAGCGUCAACAUCAACAACAACAUCAACAUUAACAACAAGAACACCAGGAUCUAAAUCUAAUUUAUUGAUAAACGGUGAUGCAGAAACGGGACCAUGUAAACCUGUUAGUGAUGACGCGCCUCCAACAGGUUGGAACCACCUUGGAUCAAUUACACAAAUGAUUUAUAACAAUACUAACGUGGAGCACUAUUUCACAGAUCCCGGACCGAGCGAUCGUGGGAAUUGUUUUUUUUAUGGUGACGCCAGUGACAAAACGAAUAUGUGGCAACAAGUCGUUAUGACUAGUAUGGUUAAUGCCGAUCUUAUCGAUAGUCAUACAGUUUAUUUUCUUUUUUCGGCAUGGCUUGGUGGUUGGAAACAUCAAAAUGAUACUGCAGAAGUGUCAUUAACAUUCUACGGUCAUAUGAAUCAGAUAGUGGGCAGUACCGUUACUGUGGGACCGGUAACAAAUACAGACCGAGCAGAUAUAACUUCACUGCUAUAUCGAGAAGCUAAUGGACUUGUACCUGUUGGUGCUCGUUCUUUUGUAGUGUCCGUUGCCAUCAGGGUUUUCGAGUCGGGAGGCGCAAAUGAUGGUUGCGUAGAUAACAUAGCGGUUUACUUACAUCAAUGA